AUUGCUAUUGAAAUAUGUAUGUAACACGCAGAGUACAAAUUCUACAGCUGUUAAUAUAUCAGUCAUGUUAAAUAACAAUUCAAUUUGUAUUUAAAUACUUUUAUAAUAUUUAUCUUAUUCAGAAAAUUUAAACAUAAAAUUACAUGAGUCUUGCAAAUCAACCUUUAAGAUCAUGCUCGUCCAAAAAGGAAUUCAGAAAAUUGAUGUAUACAGAUAAUAAUUAAAGUUUACAUUUUAUAUUGCAUAUAGAUUUAUCAGUUUUCUUAUAUUAGAAGCAGAAAUUUUAGUACUUUAUUUUACUUAAUUUCAAAAAUUUACCUUUCACAAAGGUAAAAUGGUUUCUCAAAUAUUUGAUGAAUCUUCAAAAGGAAUGCAGUUAGUUAAUUCAGAUGAUGAAUCUCAGACUCAUAUACCAACUGAUAAACAAGUUGGUGGUAUUAAUAAAAUACAAAUGAAAAAACAACUUGGCCUUUUAGAAGGAGUUGCAAUUAUUUUAGGAAUUAUAUGUGGUUCAGGUAUUUUCAUUUCUCCAAAAGGUGUAAUCAUAGAAGUAGGAAGCGUUGGAGUUUCUUUAAUUGUUUGGGUUUUAUGCGGUUUACUUUCCAUGGUGGGAGCAUUAUGCUAUGCUGAAUUGGGUACUUGCAUACCUCGUAGUGGUGGAGAUUAUGCUUAUAUUUAUGAGGCUUUUGGUGAUUUACCUGCUUUUCUAUAUUUAUGGGCAGCUAACUUAAUUUUUGUACCAACUACAAAUGCUAUCAUGGGAUUAACUUUUGCUGAAUAUGUUUUAAAACCAUUUUUUCCCAAUUGUUCUAUUCCAGAUAAUAGCGUACGUCUACUGGCAGCAGUUACUAUUUGUUUACUUACAUUCGCAAAUUGUUAUGAUGUUAAAGAAACAUCUAAAAUGCAAAAUGUAUUCAUAUUUGCUAAAGUUGGUGCAUUAAUAAUUAUAAUUAUUGCUGGGUUGGUUUGGAUGAUGUUAGGACAUACAGAAAAUUUUGAAAAUGUCUUUGAAAAUACAAUCACGGAUCCUAGCAAAAUCGCAGUUGCCUUUUGUUCUGGUAUAUUUUCAUAUUCUGGAUGGAAUUACUUAAAUUUUAUGACUGAAGAAUUGAAAGAUCCUUAUGUGAAUUUACCACGAGCUAUAUACAUAUCACUACCUUUAGUUACUUUCAUUUAUGUAUUGGCAAAUGUAGCUUAUUUAUCAGUUUUAACACCAACUGCGAUGAUUGCCUCUCAUGCAAUUGCUGUGACUUUUGGAGAUCAACUUCUUGGUGUAAUGGCAUGGACAAUACCUGUAAUGGUAGCUAUAUGUGCAUUUGGAGGAUUAAGUGUUCAUAUUAUGACAUCAUCUCGAAUGUGUUUUGUUGGUGCCAGGAACGGACAUUUUCCUUCAAUGUUAAGUCAUAUUAAUAUUUCGAGAUUUACACCUACACCUGCCUUAGUUUUUCUUUGUAUAUUAUCUUUAGUAAUGCUGUGCACAAGUGAUAUUUUUGUAUUGAUUACAUACUGCAGCAUAGUCGAAUCAUUUUUUAUAAUGUUAUCAGUAUCUGGUGUUUUAUGGCUUCGUUAUAAACAGCCUAAUAUGAGUCGACCCAUUAAAAUGCCUUUAUGGAUUCCUAUCACGUUUGUAUGCAUAUGUGCAUUUUUAGUAUUUUUUCCCUCCUACCAAAGACCAUACGAAGUUGGAAUAGGUGCCUUAAUAACUUUAUCUGGAAUUCCAGCUUAUUUUAUUGGUGUUAGAUGGAAAAAUAAGCCACUAUGGUUUCAACGAUUUAUUCUUGAAAUUACUUAUAUCAUUCAAAAAUUAUUCAUAUCUGCCACUGAGGAACGGGAUCAUUGAUUUACAUAGUACGAAUAUUAAAACAAUUUGGUGUUGCAUUGAAUUUUGACAUUUUGCUUUAAUAUACAUGGUACUAAUUUGCAUAUUGCUAACACCACAUAACUGUGUUCUUGGUAAACAAAAGUUUACAGUGUAUAUGUAAGAUAAACGCGAAAUUGCUCUCUAGAGUGUAAGAUUAAUUAUUUAUGUGUGUUAUUUACAUUGUAUAACUGACAAUUAUUAUUUAUUUUGAGAAAAUCUUAACCACUUUAAUUUCUUACAUGUAGAAUGAUAGUUUUGGUUCUCUAAUAAUCGCAUAGCAUUAUAUGCGAAUAUUGCUACAAAAUAUAUCUAGGAGUGAUGAUAUAUUUUUCCAAGUAUUAAUAUACAUGUUUUUUAAUCCUUAUUUAAUAAAUUAAAAAAAUAAACAUUAUUUAUCUGAGUUAAUCAUUAAAUUUAAAUAAUUGUGUUGAAGAUAUUAAGCACAUUAUUAUUAUACUGUAAUGUAUAGCAAUGUAAACAUACAUGUUAAGAUUUUAUUAAAUAAUUUUAAAAUAAUAAUAAUAUGAUAUUUUUCAAUACUUUCAAAGUAAAAUAUGAUAUAUAAUGAUAUUAAUCGUAGCUUCCAUGAUACAGAUAAUCCAUAAUAAAAAGUUUGAUCAAAGUUUUUAUAGUAUUGUGAUAAAAUUAUUUCAAAAAUAAAUUAUAUAGAUAAAAACUGAUAUUAUUUGUAAUUGGUAUUAGUAAAAAAAAUAAUAUGACAAAAUUUUCUGUCUGUUAGACAAGGACAAAAUUUCAACUCAUUCAAAUACAUAUAUUCUAAUUUUGUAUCUCCUGUCAUUUAUCUGUUUAAAUAUUCAUUAAAUACAUGAAAUAACAACUUAUUAGUAAAUAAUAUACAUUCAUGCACAUUCAUUUUCUAUUACAUACAUUAAUGAAACUGGUAUUUUUGCUGUCUUGUAAUGAGCUUUAAGUACAUUGUUGUUUAUUAUAUUUAUUUACAUAAUCAAAAAAUUCAUAUAAGCAACAUCUUAGUAGAAUAUGCUUCCUUUGUUUAACAGUGAUUUAAAAUUUAAAUAAUACCAGAUGUCUGUACAGAACAAAAUUUAUACACACAUUGUAUAAAGAAAUUGAAAAAUUGGUAAAUUUUUGAGAUGUAAAUAAUGGAAUGUUAUACAUAUUUCUAUUUUUUCUAUGUAAUCUAUAAUUUCACAACAGCCAUUACAUA